AUGGCACACUCAUUCACAAACAAAUCAGAGAUAGACUACUCCCUCUAUCUCGUUACUGGCAGAGACCUCCUUCCAAAAGGAAAGUCAUAUCACGAAUCCCUUGAGGAGGCUCUAGAUGGAGGGGUCACCGUCGUGCAAGUUCGCGAAAAAGAGGCAGAGACUGGGGAGUUCCUUGAGAUUGCCCAGCAGACGGUCUCUCUCUGCGCCAAAUAUGGUGUCCCUGUUCUGAUCAAUGACCGCAUUGACAUUGCUCUUGCAUCCAACGCCGCGGGUGUCCACCUUGGUCAGACUGAUAUGCCCAUAUCUAUUGCCCGCGCGCUCCUUCCCAAAAACUCGAUUAUCGGUAUAUCAUGCACCACUCCUGAGCAUGCCCGUCAGGCCGUGAAGGAUGGUGCUGAUUACGUCGGAUUGGGCGCGGUAUAUGCGACAAGCACGAAAGAUGUGACCGCGCCUGGCCGAGUGUGUGGAAUCAAGGGUGUCGGAGAGAUGCUGACGAUUCUGGAAGAGUCGAAAACAAAGUCCGUUGCAAUCGGAGGAAUCAAAUCGACAAAUAUCAUACGCACACUACACGGAUCUGCUACAGCGUCAGGGUAUGCUUUGGAUGGCGUAGCAGUGGUCUCCGAUGUUGUAGCGUCGCAAGAUCCACGAGCUGCCGCCCAACGUCUCCUCCAGCUAUUCUCUUCCUGGGCCAAAGCGUCUCGCGGCCCAACGAGUUUCUCGCUGUUGUCUCCGCAAGGUUCCUAUACAUCAGAGUCUGUAGUGAAAGAAGCUGCAUCCUUACUGGAAAGUGUGAGGCAGAUCAAACCGCUUGUACAUCAGAUCACGAACAAUGUCGUCAAAAACCAAUCAGCCAACGUCACUUUGGCUUUGGGCGGCUCGCCAAUAAUGGCAGCAGCGGUUGAGGAACAAGAGGACCUCGCCCGCGUGCCCGGCGGACUGCUCAUCAACUUUGGCACGGUCGAGGAUCUAGAUGGUAUGCUCGCGGCCGGAUUCCACGCGAAUCAAAAUCGCAAACCCGUUGUGUUCGAUCCUGUCGGUGUGGGUGCGACGAAACACCGGAGGGCUUGUGCCGCUAAGCUGCUGGACAAGUGGCAAGUGAUGGUCAUAAAGGGCAAUGCUGCCGAAAUUGGUGCUCUCGUUAACUCAGACGAGGUCAAGGCACAAGGUGUCGACAGUCUGGGAACAGGAUUCAAAGACCCGGCAGCCGUUGUUCGCUUGCUUGCGCGCCAAGAACGCUGCGUCGCCAUCCUCAGUGGCCCGACUGACUAUAUAUCAGACGGUUCUACUGUAUUCCGUUUGUCUAAUGGGCACGCACUUCUUGGACAGAUUACGGGCGCAGGUUGUAUCCUCGGGACUGCUAUUGCCACGUUCUGUGGUGCGGCCAGCAUGCUUGCGGAAAGAGAGUGCUCAGACGAUGAGAGCCUCGGAGUCUUAGUGAACGGUGACAUGUUGCUCGCGUCCGCUGCUGGCGUCCUUGCGCUCACGAUCGCUGCAGAGCGAGCAGCCGGAAGGGAAGAUGUGCGGGGUCCAGGGACAUUUUUGCCUGCACUGAUUGACGAGCUAGCGCUCCUGACGCCGGAGAUCAUCUCCCAGAGUGCCAGGGUCGAGGUAGACACGUUGGCGUGA